UAGCAAUCGCGUUUCUCAGAACAAACUCUUCACUCUUUUUUUUUUUUUAUUUGCAUUGUUUUCGCUCACAUCUCGUUUUUCAUACAACAACAAAUCAUGUCUCGCGGCAAUUCCAACGUGGUCAAGUGCGGCCUGACCCAGACGACCUACGGCGAGCAGCCCGACUGGGCAUUCUCUGAGAAGGGCAAGGCAAAGCACUACCAGCACAACGACGCGGUUCCGGGCGUCCAGCGCACCGGCGACUGGUCGAGCAACUCGCGCUCUUCCGCUCCGCCGUUGAAGUCCGUGACUCGCUCAUCCCCGUCGGCCGCUUCUGCCAACCUGUCGAACGGACAGCCUCGCUACGGCGCUCCCGUCGAUGAUUUGCGUGCCGCCAACUCUCGUCCAUCGGCGUCCUCGUCCUCCUUCUCGUCUUCCUCGUCUUCCUCCUCUUCGAGCUCGCAGCCAAAGUACGGCGGCCCCGUCUCGUCGUCGUCCUCCUCCUCACAGCCAAAGUACGGCGGACCCGUGUCUUCGUCCUCUUCCUCCUCCUCUUCGUCGUCGUGGUCGACGUCCAACAGUGCAGCCCGCACGGGCGCGACUCCUCGUGCCGUUUCGCCAACGCGCGCUGGCCGCCCGUCGGUGAAUGCCGUCUCGUCCGGUUAUGCCCGCAGCAGCGAGCAGUCUUCCUUCCAACGCGACACUGAUGCUUCCGGCCGUUCGGACGUGGUCGAGUGCGGCCUUUCAAAGACGACCUACGAAAAGCAGCCUGCGUGGGCCUUUGCCGAGCAGCAAAAGAACCAGUCUGGUCGUUAUCAAGUUGGCAAGAACACGAGCACUGCCGGCAAGUCGCUUUGGUAAAAAAAGCGCAUCAAAGCUUGUGUACAGCUCGCCCUUUGUUUUGUUGCAUCGUCCCGCCGUGUUUUAUGUGCCCGAUUUUGUUGCGUUUUCUGUUGCUUGCUCUUGUGGGUUUCAAUGAGAGAGGGGUGAGCGCAGCAGCUUUUUUCCGAUUUUUUGUCUGAGCUGCUGUGCUGGUUCGUCGCGCUGCGCGUGUCGUUGCUCCCCCUCUGCUUCUCUCUUCUUUGCCACCCUUACAUGUUGCCAUGUGAUUCACUGCUGUCUCUUUGUUUGAAAUCGACCGUUUUUCGAUUGCAAAUUCCUUGUCUGUUUGUGUGAAUACAAUUCUUUCCCCGUUC